AUGGUUUCGACCGCUCCUUCUACCGCACCCUCUCUUGGAGAUGAGCCUGGUGGAAUACAAGACAUCCACCGAACUAUCAGCCACCUCCCGAACGACCCAUAUCUAGCGUACCGCACAUUAAGCAACACCGCCAACACCGGGGAAUACACCACGGAAACCGCUACUGGCGAGAUCAUCAAGCGCACCAUCUCUGCGCGUGGCGAAAAGGUCUCGUACAAACUCGUGACUUUCACCAUCGACGACCCGGACAACCCCAAGAACUGGAGCAAAGCCUACAAAUGGUGGAUCACGAUGGUUAUUGCCGUGAUGUGCUUCAUCGUCGCCCUGUGUUCGUCGGUUAUCACUCCCGGAAUCAAGGGUGUCCAGGAGGAGUUUGGCGUUUCGAGAGAGGUCGCGUUGCUGAGCGUCACACUGUUCGUGGUUGGCUUUGGGAUCGGCCCCAUGGCGUUCGCGCCCAUGAGUGAGAUCCUCGGACGAAGGAUCAUCUAUGUUACGACUUUGGGCGUGUCGGUGCUGUUUAUCAUCCCGUGCGCCUUGGCUAAGAAUAUCCAGACUUUGCUGGUUUGCAGAGCCCUCUGCGGAAUCGCUAUGUCAGCGCCCAUGACAUUGGUCGGUGGAAGUCUGGCAGAUCUGUGGAAAAACGAAGAACGUGGUGUUCCCAUGGCAGUCUUCAGCGCCGCUCCGUUCAUCGGUCCCGCGAUUGGUCCUCUCAUCGGCGGCUACCUGGACAUGUCCAAUGGCUGGCGCUGGCUCUACUGGAUCCAGCUGAUCCUCGCCGGCACAAUCUACCUGGUCCUGACCUUCACCGUGUCCGAGACGUACGCGCCCAAGAUCCUCACGGACCGCGCCAAAAAGCUGCGCAAAGAAACCGGCGACCAAAUGCACGUCACCGAGGACGAGAUUGACCGCCGCCCGUUCAAGGAAACACUUACGCUUUUCGUUGCUCGGCCGUUCCAGCUGCUGUUCGGAGAGCUCAUCGUGCUUCUGCUGAGUCUGUACAUGAGUGUGCUUUACGGCCUGCUGUACAUGUUCUUUGUUGCCUACCCCAUCGUCUACGAAGAGGGCAAACACUGGCGUCCGGGAGUAACAGGGCUGAUGUUCCUCCCGAUCGCGGUGGGGGUCCUCGCCAGCGCCGCGUGCGCACCGCUCGUAAACAAGCACUACCUCAAGAUCCACGCAAAGUUCAACGGCAAUCCCCCGCCGGAAAUGCGGUUGAUCCCGAUGAUGUACUCCUGCUUCCUGAUCCCCAUCGGCCUGUUCAUCUUUGCCUGGUGCAGCUAUCCGAACGUCCACUGGGCAGGCAGCAUGCUGGGCGGCUUCCCAGUCGGGUUCGGGUUCAUCUUCUUGUACAACUCGUGCAAUAACUACCUGGUGGACACGUACCAAUCCCAAGCAGCCUCCGCGCUCGCGGCCAAAACAUUUCUCCGGUCCAUGUGGGGCGCAAGCACAGUCCUGUUCACGAGCCAGAUGUACCACAAGAUGGGAUACCAGUGGGCAAGCACGUUCCUGGCUUUCCUGGCUCUCGCCUGCUGCGCUAUCCCGUUUUGCUUUUACUUUUAUGGCGCCAGGAUUAGGAAACAUUCGAGAUUUGCCGCGCCGGAAAAGGAGGGGGGUGUGAAGGAGGUGGAGACUGGGGGUCACUAG